GAGAACGGAGGGAGCGAGCGAGAGGGAGGGAGGGAGAAACGAACCAACUCCGAGACUCCCAUAAAGAGCCGCACACACGGAGCGAGCGCCCCGGUGCCGAGGCGUGGGGGAAACAAUAAGUACUCGAAGUUACCUGCCCUGCCGUAGAAGAAGGAGGGUUUGUUGAUUCUCUCGCAGACAUCUGCAGACCGGUGCUUUUUUGGAAGAUUUUUUUUUUUUCCCCCCUCUCCCCUCUCUCUUUACAAACCACAAACGGAUGUGAGGCAGGGAAGGUGUUUCUUUGACUACUGAAGUCAGGCACCUCUUUUUUAUUCUUCUCAGUCUUGUUGUGUUCCGCCCCCCCCUCCCCUCACACACACACACACUCUCUCACAUACACACACACCCCUUUUUGCACCAACAUUAACGACAAAAAGACAAGGAAAGGAGUUUGCUUGAUGUUUUAGUGAAAUGGACGUAAGAUUUUAUUCGCCACCUCCUCAGCCUGCAGCCGCUCCUGAUACGCCUUGUUUGGGACCUUCCCCCUGCCUGGACCCCUACUAUUGCAACAAGUUUGACGGUGAGAACAUGUAUAUGAGUAUGACAGAGCCGAGCCAGGACUAUGUGCCAGCCAGCCAGUCUUUUCCUGGCCCGAGUCUUGAAAGCGAAGACUUUAACAUACCUCCUAUAACUCCUCCAUCAUUGCCUGACCACUCCCUGGUGCACUUGAAUGAGAUAGAGUCUGGGUACCACUCUCUGUGUCAUCCCAUGAACCACAAUGGCCUCCUUCCAUUCCACCCACAAAACAUGGAUCUACCUGAAAUUACUGUUUCCAACAUGCUUGGCCAAGAUGGGACACUGCUUUCCAAUUCGCUCUCUCUGAUGCAAGAUUUACGGAAUACAGAAGGAGCCCAGUAUAGUUCCCAUCCUCAGAUGGCAACCAUGAGGCCAAGGGUUCAACCUGCAGAUAUUAGGCAGCCAGGAAUGAUGCAGCACGGGCAGCUGACUACUAUUAACCAGUCCCAGCUCAGUGCACAGCUUGGUUUGAAUAUGGGUGGAAACAGUGUUCCUCACAACUCGCCCUCUCCACCUGGAAGCAAAUCUGCAACUCCUUCACCAUCCAGUUCAGUCCAUGAAGAUGAAGGAGAAGAUAGCUCUAAGGUCAAUGGUGGAGAGAAGAGACCUGCUUCAGAUAUGGGCAAGAAACCCAAAACUCCCAAAAAGAAGAAGAAGAAGGACCCAAAUGAGCCACAGAAGCCUGUGUCUGCCUAUGCAUUAUUCUUUCGAGACACUCAAGCAGCCAUCAAGGGCCAAAACCCCAAUGCUACUUUUGGUGAAGUCUCUAAAAUUGUAGCUUCAAUGUGGGACGGCUUAGGUGAAGAACAAAAACAGGUGUACAAAAAGAAAACUGAAGCUGCCAAGAAGGAAUAUCUGAAGCAGUUAGCUGCCUACAGAGCAAGCCUUGUAUCCAAGAGCUACAGUGAACCUGUGGAUGUGAAAGCCUCCCCACAACCUCAGAUGAUGAAUUCAAAGCAGUCAGUGUUCCAUGGCCCCACCCAGGCUCACUCUGCGCUGUACCUCGGUUCCCACUACCACCAACAACCAGGAAUGAAUCCUCACAUCACUGCCAUGCAUGCCAAUAUCCCCAGGAACAUAGCACCCAAGCCCAACAACCAAAUGCCAGUGACUGUUUCCAUAGCAAACAUGGCUGUGUCCCCACCACCUCCUCUUCAGAUCAGCCCCCCUCUGCACCAGCAUCUCAACAUCCAGCAGCACCAACCCAUCUCAAUGCAGCAGUCCCUUGGAAACCAGCUACCCAUGCAGGUCCAGUCUGCUUUACAUUCACCUACGAUGCAGCAAGGAUUUACUCUUCAGCCUGAUUAUCAGAAUAUCAUCAAUCCAACAUCAACAGCUGCACAAGUUGUUACCCAAGCAAUGGAGUAUGUUCGUUCAGGGUGCAGAAAUCCUCCAGCACAGACUGUGGACUGGAAUAAUGAUUACUGCAGUAAUGGGGGCAUGCAGAGGGACAAAGCACUCUACCUUACCUGAAAAUCUGAAACACCUCUCCUUUCCACCGAGGAAUGCAGGGAAGUCUUUUCAUCAUGGAUUGCUUUAUGCAGUCGAGGCAGUUCUGCAUUUUACUAGGAAAAUACGAGUUGCUAAGCACUUAGGACUAUUUGAGCUUGUGGGUCACCCACUCUGGAAAAACAACAAAACAACAACAAAAUAGUCUUGCUUCUUUUCUUUCCCUUUCCUCCACCCCAACCCCCAUUUUGAUUUUUAUUAUUAUUAUUAUUAUUAUUAUUGGGUUUUAUUCUCUUUCUUUCUCCUUCCACCCCCCCUACCCCCUGAGAUCCCGUAACGGACAUUACUUUUCUUCUGCCCUGAAGGAAACUUGGACCAUUCAGAUUCU